CACCUCGCCCAUAUCCAUCCCAAGCCCGUUUUAAUAGAGAGCAGCCAGGAGAGCGAGCGCACCAACGGGAUCUGAGCAUCUCUUGCUAGGGUUUCGUCCUCCCCCUCUCUCGGCCAGCACCACCUCGCAUCCCUAGCCCUAGCCUCCCUCGCCCCGGGAUCCCGCGGCGGCCAUGGCGGCGGAAGCGCCACCGUCGGCGUCCUCCUCCUCCUCCUCGGCCCCGCGGCCGCCUGCCGCGGCCGCGGCCGGGUCCGGCGGCGGCGGGGCGGCCGGGUCCGCGGAGUCGUACAUCGGGAGCCUCAUCAGCCUGACCUCCAAGAGCGAGAUCAGGUACGAGGGCGUCCUCUACAACAUCAACACCGAGGAGUCCAGCAUCGGCCUCCGCAAUGUGAGGUCCUUUGGGACCGAAGGGCGGAAGAAAGACGGAAUGCAGAUUCCUGCUAGCGACAAAGUUUACGAGUACAUCCUCUUUCGGGGAACUGAUAUCAAGGACUUGCAAGUUAAGUCAUCACCACCACCGCCACCACCACCACAAGCAGCUUCCCUGCACAACGAUCCUGCCAUAAUCCAGUCACAUUAUUCUCAACCAGCAUCAACUUCGUCAAGUUUGCCUUCAGCUGGGGGUGCAGUUUUACCAGACCUCAGCUCCCAGGCAGUUCAAUAUGGGCUUCAGAGGCCAGCUUUUCAGAGUAACCUUCCUCUAUACCAACCAGGGAAUGCUGCUCCAUGGGGCUCUUCAGUGGCACCUCCAGCAGGAAAUGCUCCGUGGGGCUCUUCAGUGGCGCCUCCAGCAGGAAAUGCUUCAACACUUUCAGUUCCCUCAAUGUACUGGCAAGGAUACUAUGCGCCUUCAAGUGGGCUGCCACCUCAUUUGCAGCAACCUCCUUUGCUUCAGCCAACACCAGGAUUGUCAGUUCCCCAGAAUCUUCAAUAUCCAGGACUAAAUCCUUCUUUGCCAUCUGGGCCACAAAAGCUGUCAGAACUCCAACCCUCAUUGAUGCCACCUAUUACUAGUCAAGGUCCUUCGACAGGUGUCCUGCCUGCUACAACAGCUCCUGCUUCUGCUACCUUAUUAGCUCCAGAAAGCUCAAAGCCUCUGUUGCCAAACAUGGGGUCAUUGUUUACUCCUCCUGCAACAUCUCUUGGCGCAACUUUUCCUUUUCCAAGCCAGCCAACUUCCGUGGCUGAAACUAGUGCAACAGUGUCACAUAACUUAACUUCAUUCGGUAGCAACAAGGCUACUGCUCUUCCAGGCUCAACACUGGCAUACCAAACUGUAUCUCAGUCUGUUUCUUCAACUAUUGCCCCAUCUAGCUCAGCCCAAGUGGAGAUGCCCGUGCCUUUGUUGGCACCAUCAGGUCAACUAUUGCAGAACACAUCAUCUGUGCUCUCAUCGUCGCACUCCAUGCAGGCACCAUUACAGGUGGCCAGCAAAGAAGUCAAGCCAGUUGAGCCUAAGGCUAAGGUUGCAGAACCAUUACUACCUGACCCUUUGCUACCAGACCCACCAUCACGGGCUCUGCCUGAAAAUAAGGAGCCUAUAUUGCCAUUGCCAAAACAGACACCUCAGAAGUACAAUGGAUCUGGUUCGCACAACCAUCACAACUUUAGGGGCCGUGGAAGGGGUAGAGGGAGCGCGUUUUCACAGUCUGUAACAGCAUUCACUGAAGAAUUUGAUUUCACGGCCAUGAAUGAGAAGUUUAACAAAGAUGAAGUCUGGGGUCAUCUUGGUAAGAAAUCCCAGUCAAGGGACAAGGAUGGUGAGGUGGGAGAUGAUGUGUUUGAUGAAGACCUGGAGGUUGAGGAAACUGACAACCCAGAGCUAGCUGUUAAGCCUGUUUAUGUCAAGGACGACUUUUUUGAUUCCCUCUCUAGUGGAACAUUUGGACGUGGAGGGCCAAAUGGAAGGGGCAGACCUUCUGAACGGCGUAGAGUAGACACAGAGACGUUUGGUGAAUUUCCAAGGCACAGGCAGCCUUAUCGUGGUGGCGCCCGAGGUUACCGUGGUGGAGGGCGUUCUCGUGGUUCAUAUUAUGGUGGCAGAGGCUAUGGAAACACAGGGAUGGGAGGCUAUGGAAACACAGGGACAGGUGGCUAUGGAAACACAGGGGCAGGUGGCCCUGGAAAUUCGUAUCCUCACCGGGGCUAUGGGAGAGAUUGAUUAUAGCAGAAAUGUGCUGGCAACCAUACUUGCGGGUGUCGUAGUCUUUUACCACAUGCAUGAUGCAUCCCAUAGUAUUCAACAAAUAAAUGGAACUUAUACCACCAUGUCACUUGGGUGUGCCUUUGUCCAGACAAGGCCUGCAGCGUUUGGUCAUUGACGUGGCACACCCGUAUUCUGUAGGAGAGUUACCAGUAGAUGAGCAGCUGAUGCUUGAUAGGUAUAAGCUUGUGGCCCUUGAUGUGCAUACCUUGCGCCUGGGAUUUAGUUGUAUAGGCCGGUCUCAAUGCAGGCAUGCAACGCCGGGCCUAGCUCAGUAACUUUUUCCUUUCACAAAGUUUAGCCGUGUUGUCUGUUUUGUACUGGUGGUAGUGUAACUUUGAAAAAUUUACCGGUUAUCUUAAGUUUUCAACUGUACCAUGAACAGAAAGAUUGGUGCCGUUGCAGUUCAUCUUUAUUAGCUUAUGAGAUAUGAGAUGAGAUGCUGCUUUCAGUAUAA